AUGAAUAUUCUUGCAGUCGUUCCCGUAUUUGACCUGAAUACCAUAUCUCAAGCGAUGCUGCCUGUGAAGGAGCUGAAAACUAAGAACUUGGGGAUCAUCCUGUUUAGGCACGGGAAGGUGACUGUGGAGUGCGAAACCCCACAAGGUGGUUAUGUUCCAGGCGAAAUGGUUGUAAUCAACGCUCGUGUUAUAAAUGAUAGCUCUAAGGACAUAAUAAAGGUAAUAGUGCAAAUGGUAAUGUUCAUUAGCGGACUUAGCACAUGUACUUUGACUUUGAUUUUUGAGGCAGUUUAAAU